UAUCAUGCCAACUUCCUGUUAAGCCUUUCGCACACAGUUGGAUGAGCUCACUUUAAAAUUCUUAUUUAUCUCCUCUAUCAAGUGCACACCUGAAAGAUGAAUACGGUACUUUCAAGGGCAAAUUCCCUUUUCGCCUUCUCGCUGAGUGUGAUGGCCGCACUUACGUUUGGUUGUUUCAUCACGACUGCAUUCAAAGACAGAAGCAUACCGGUGGAUAUCCACGUCUCGAAAGUAAUGCUGAAGAAUGUAGACGACUUCACUGGGCCCAGGGAGAGAAGUGAUCUGGGCUUCAUCACAUUCGACGUCCAUGCUGAUUUGCAGCCAAUAUUUGAUUGGAACGUAAAGCAGCUCUUCCUGUACCUUUCAGCAGAGUAUGCUACUAGGAAUAAUGCCCUUAACCAGGUCGUCCUUUGGGACAAAAUAGUCCAGAGGGGUGAGAGCACCAAACUGAGGCUGAGGGAAACCAAAUCCAAAUAUUUCUUCUUUGAUGAUGGAAAUGGUCUUAGGUCCAACAAGAACAUCACCCUCACGCUGUCCUGGAAUGUUGUGCCGAAUGCAGGGAUCCUGCCUCUGGUCAUGGGCUCUGGACAUAUGUCUCUCCCCUUCCCCGAUGCGUACGAAACUACCAAGAGCUACUGAGAGUGAUCGAAAUAAGUUGUUUGUUAAUGUUGUGUGGUCUUUUACAGUUGACACUUUUAAUAAAAGGGGAUGCCAUGGGUGAGUUGA